CUCUUUCUGUUUUUUCCACUUCCAGCUGGCAUUGUUCCUGGUGAAGACAAAAACUGGUGGGAGAAGAAGAUGAGGAAGUUGAAGUGGUCACAAGUUCUUAGUCCAAAUUCUUUUGUUUCCCAUCUCAGACCUUGAGAAAACGAUGCCACGUCUGCAUCCAGAUAAAAGGAACUUCCAAACACCUGAGCGGGGCACGAAUACCAUCGACGGCCAGGCCAUGCUCUGGGUGUAAGCUAGAAUCGCCUGCAUUUUGCCUGCUUUGUCGCUGGGUGUUAUGCUCCUCAGGAAGGAAGCCCAGGCAUGGUGGUCCCGCCCUGGUCAAAUCAAACAGCCGUGGUGGAGUUUGUGCUCAGAGGAUUUUCUUCCAUCUGGCAGCUAAAUAUUUUCCUCUUUAUGAUGUUUUUAGUUUUCUUCAUCUUAAUUGUUUCUGGAAACAUCCUCAUCGUUCUGCUAGUUUUGUUCAACUACCACCUCCACACCCCCAUGUACUUCUUCCUGGUGAACUUGUCCUUUCUGGAGAUCUGGUAUACCGCCAACAUCGUCCCCAAGAUGUUGCUGAUUAUCAUAGCUGAACAGAACACCAUCUCUGUGGCUGGGUGCCUGGCACAAUUCUAUUUCUUUGGGUCCCUGGCUGCCACCGAGUGUCUCUUGCUUGCUGUGAUGUCCUACGACCGCUACCUGGCCAUCUGUCAGCCUCUCCACUACCCCAUCCUCAUGACUGGCCCCCUCUGCGCUCGGCUGGUGGCCAGCUCUUGGUUCUGCUGCUUCCUCCUGACAGCAAUCACGAUGGCCCUGCUGUCUCGACUGCCCUUCUGUGGACCCAAUGAAAUCGAUCACUUCUUUUGUGACUUUACUCCUCUCGUUCGUCUCUCCUGCACGGACACCUCACUGACCGAGACCAUUGCUUAUGCCACCUCUUCUGCAGUGACUCUGGUCCCAUUUCUCCUCAUCUCAGCUUCUUACUCCUGCAUUCUUGCUGCUGUCCUAAGAAUCCCAUCUGGCACAGGCCGGCAGAAGGCCUUCUCCACCUGCUCCUCCCACCUCACCUCGGUCACGGUGUUUUACGGGACAUUGAUCGCCACCUACCUUGUGCCCUCAGCCAAUUCACCCCAACUCUUGCGCAAAGGGUCCUCUCUGCUCUACACCAUCCUAACGCCCAUGUUCAAUCCCAUCAUCUACAGCCUGAGAAACAGAGACAUUCACGAAGCCCUGAAGAACUGCUUAAGGAAGAGGCCAGGUUUCCUCAGAUAAAGUAAAAGGGAAGAGUCCUAUUUGCCUGGACAGGUGGCUCAGUUGUUUGGAGCAUCGUCCCAUACACCAAAAGGUUGCAGGCCCGAUACCCAGUCAGAGCACAUAACUAGAUUAUGGGUUCAG